CAAUAUUUGAGGUUAUGGAUUAACUAGCGUCCUCUGCAUUCAAUGGCGGAAGAGUAGACUACUGUGAUUCAGCCAGUGAGAUCAUUGUGCAAUCUGUUGUGCAAUGGGGAGAAUCAUUCCUCUUCUGGUGUUUUCAGCUGCCUUCAUAUUGCUUAGUGGAUAUGAAGCCUCAGUGUUUUACAGCAGCCAAGAAGCAAAUCGUGUCCUAAAGAUCCAAAAGCGGGCAAAUUCUUUCUUGGAAGAAUUAAAGGCAGGUUCCUUGGAAAGAGAAUGUGUAGAAGAACAGUGUGAUUUUGAGGAAGCCAGUGAAAUAUUUGAAACCAUGGAAAAAACUCUAAAAUUCUGGGCAGUAUAUCAUGAUGGAGAUAUGUGUGAUCCCAACCCAUGUUCCAAUGGACUCUGUCAGGACGGUAUUGGGCGAUUUGACUGCAUUUGUAACAAAGGCUGGGAGGGACAACUCUGCCAAUAUGAGGUCAUCUACACUAACUGCUCCGUUGCCAAUGGCGGCUGUGAACAUUUCUGCCAUGAGGAUGAAAAGGACAAUAAGCAGCACCGUUACUGUAGCUGUGCUUUGGACUACCGCCUGAUGGAUAACCACACUUCUUGUGCACCUGCAGUGGAGUAUUCCUGUGGGAGAGUUAUAGAAUCCAAAGCAAAGAUUGCAAAAAUAAUCGGGGGUAGUCCUGGAAAAAAAGGAGACAGCCCUUGGCAAGUUAUGGUGAGCAAUAGUGCAGGUGAAUUUAAGUGUGGUGGUGUUCUCAUUCAUCCCACCUGGGUACUGACAGCUGCUCAUUGUGUGACGAGAGAACAGAGAGUCAAACUGACAUUUGGUAAAUAUCACCGACGGCGAAUAGAUGAAAGUGAAAGAACUAUCAUUGCUGACAAGCUAUUGCCUCAUGAAAAUUACUCUUCAGACACCUCUGAUAAUGACAUUGCAAUACUACAUCUAUCCCAACCGGUUGUUGUCAAUAAGUAUACUGUGCCAAUUUGCCUGCCUACCAAAAACCUGGCAAAUCAACAGUUGAUGGCAGAAGGGACCCAAGCAAUAGUGACGGGCUGGGGAAGCCAGAGUGAGGAUAAAAGGAAGAAUUACUCCUCUGUUCUCAAGUUUAUUGAAAUCCCUGUAGCAUCACGGAAUGAGUGUACCCAUGCUAUGUGGCAUUCUCUUACAGAUAACAUGUUCUGUGCAGGGAUACAGGGAGAUAUACGAGAUUCUUGCCAUGGAGACAGUGGUGGUCCUAUGGUUGUAAAAUUCAAGAACACCUGGUUCCUAGUUGGACUAGUGAGUUGGGGAGAAGGCUGUGGGAAUCCAAAUAAUUUUGGAAUCUACACUAAGAUCAGCUCAUAUCUUGACUGGAUCAGUGAGAAAAUGAAAUCAUAAAAUUACUAUGCUCGUGAUUAAUAAAAACAGAACAUGCAAGUGA